GCGGAUGCGACGCGGAGGCAUCGGACAAUGGAGCGUCUCGUGGAGCAGCUCGUGUCGCUCAUCGGCGCCUUGAGCGCCCGCUUGGGCUCCCAGCUCGACAUCUCACCAGCCGCCAUCCACGCAUCCAUCGCCCUCGUCGCAACCGUCAUCUGCGGCCUCAUCGUCCGCGCCGCCGGCGCCGCCGCCAUCGCAGCCACAGCCUCGCGCCCGCGCCACUACGUCGUCCCUCCGCCCGCCCUCCCCGCCGAGAAGAAGGAGGAGAAUGAAUCCUCUGUCGAGCGCACGAGCACGAGCACGAGAAUUAGGAUCCCUGGCAGCUCGGCCAUCCAGUGCUACGCGCCCGCCACAGGCCAGUUCCUCGGCGCCGUCGAGCCCACGACGGAAGAGGGCAUCGACCGCGCCGUCGCCGCCGCCGCGGAAGCCCAGAGGACCUGGGCCACGACGACGUUUGACCAGCGCAGGGCCGUGCUGCGGUCGCUGCUGCAGCACGUCAUGGACAACGCCGAGCGCAUCUGCCGCGUCGCGGGCCUCGACAGCGGCAAGACCAUGGUGGACGCGCAGCUGGGCGAGAUCCUCGUCACGGCCGAGAAGAUCCAGUGGACGCUGGCCCACGGCGAGCGCGCGCUGCGGCCGUCGCGCCGGCCCACGAACCUGCUCAUGGCGUACAAGCGCAACACGGUGCGCUACGAGCCCCUGGGCGUCGUCGCCGCCCUCGUCAGCUGGAACUACCCCUUCCACAACCUCAUGGGCCCCGUCAUCAGCGCCCUCUUCGCCGGCGACGCCAUCCUCGUCAAGGUCUCGGAGCAGACGGCCUGGUCGAGCGGCUACUUCCUCGACAUCGCCCGCGGCGCCCUCGCCGCCCACGGCCACGACCCGCGCCUCGUCCAGGCCGUCGUCUGCUGGCCCGAGACGGCCGGCCACCUGACGUCGCACCCGGGCAUCAGCCACAUCACCUUCAUCGGCUCCCAGGCCGUCGCCCACCACGUCGCCGCCAGCGCCGCCAAGAGCCUCACCCCCGUCGUCGCCGAGCUCGGCGGCAAGGACCCCUUCAUCGUCCUCGAGUCCGCCGCCCGCGACCUGCCGCGCAUCGUCGACGUCAUCCUCCGCGGCACCUUCCAGGCCGCCGGCCAGAACUGCAUCGGCAUCGAGCGCGUCAUCGCCUCGGGCCCCGUCUACGACCGCCUCGUCCAGCUCCUCGAGCCCCGCGUCAAGGCCAUCCGCCUCGGCCCGGACGCCGACGUCGGCGCCAUGAUCUCCGACGCCUCCUUCGCCCGCCUCGAGGAGCUCAUCGCCGAGGCCGUCUCCCAGGGCGCCCGCCUCCUCGCCGGCGGCGCCCGCUUCGCCCACCCGGCCUACCCCCGCGGCCACUACUUCCAGCCCACCCUCCUCGUCGACGUCACCCCGGACAUGCGCAUCGCCCGCACCGAGUGCUUCGCCCCCGUCCUCACCAUGCUCCGCGCCCGCUCUUCUUCCGCCGAGGACAUCCUCGCCGUCGCAAACAGCCCCGACUUUGGCCUCGGCGCCUCCGUCCACGCCUCCGAGCGCGACCCCGCCCUCGAGCCCAUCGUCCGCGGCCUCAAGGCCGGCAUGGUCGCCGUCAACGACUUCGCCGCCUACUACGCCGUCCAGCUGCCCUUUGGCGGCGUCGCCGGCUCCGGCUACGGCCGCUUCGCCGGCGAGGAGGGGCUGCGCGGCCUCUGCAACGUCAAGGCCAUCUGCGAGGACCGCUUCGGCUGGCUCGGCAUCAAGACGGCCAUCCCGCCCCCCGUCCAGUAUCCCGUCCCCAACCAGGACCGCUCCUGGCGCUUCACCCAGGGUGUUGUCGAGGUGGGAUAUGGAUCCCUGGGCACCAAGGUUGCUGGCCUGGCCAAGAUUUUGAAGAACAUGUAGACGUA